CCAAUAGGGAAAUGUCAUCUGGGAUUCUGUGGUAUUUGUAAAGAGCUUGUCAACACUAGAUGCUAUUGUGGACAAGAGAAUAUCGCGGUACAAUGUCUGAAGAUUGUCCCAAAGAUUUGCAAAGAGAAGGAUGCGAGAUACUCGCUGUUUGUUGGGGGUGUUGCUUGUAACAAUAUCAGCAUUGAAUAUUAUGACUGUGGUGUGCAUUUUGAAGAGCUCGACUGCCAGCCAUUACCAUCCAAAACUCGCGAGUGCAAGUAUGCACCUAAAAAUGUCACAUCGUGUUACUGUGGAAAGACUCCUGCGGAAUCUCUCAAUAGAAAGAACUGUACAGAUCCAAUGCCCGAGUGUGAUCAAGUUUGUGGCAAAUUAUUGAAGUGCGGCUGCACAUGUCUUGCUAAGUGUCAUCAAGGUCCUUGUGAAUGCUUCAAUAUCAUCGAAACAAAAUGUUCAUGCGAAAAUUCUUCAUAUUUAGUUCCUUGCAAAGCUUUACAACAAGGAUUCCGUCCCAAAUGUCAUCAUAAAUGCACUGCCACUCUAAGUUGCAGAAGACACACCCAUAGAGAAGAGUGUUGUGAAUUUGAGCAAGUGGCAUUGAGAAGAGAGAGAGAAACUAGAAAACAUUUCAGAAACCGCACACGAGCAAAUUUCGAGGACCAGAUAUUAACAAUGGAACCAAUUCAUAUCUGCACUAGAACGUGCAACUUACUCAAGCUGUGUGAGAAACAUCACUGUCAAGCACUUUGUCACAGUGGUUCUUGUGGAGAGUGUCUUGAAUCCUCUAGCGAAGAUCUUGUAUGUCACUGUGGGAAGACUGUGAUUCCAGCUCCUGUGAGAUGCGGCACAAAGAUUGAAUGCCAUGAACAAUGUGCGAGAGAAACUCCUUGUGGCCACCGUCCUGAAAUUCAUAAUUGUCAUGGAGACGACGUCGCUUGUCCAAAGUGUACAUACCUCGUAUCGAAGUCAUGCAAUUGUGGAGAAAGGGAGUUGAAGAAUGUCUUAUGUUCUGUCCAAAGCGUUUCUUGCGGCAAAAUAUGUAACGCAAAGAAAUCUUGCGGACAUCCCUGCAACAGGGCUUGCAAUAAGGAUUGUACUCGAGGUAUUCAUGCUGACAUCUUAGAUUGCCAAUCCAAGUGUCACAAAAUCAGGAAGAACUGCCCUCAUUUGUGUGCAGCAAGAUGUCACAGUGGUAAAGGGACUUCCUGUGAUGCUUUAAAAUGCAAGGCGCCAGUUGUCAUUACAUGCUCUUGUGGAAGACUAACCAAAAAUGUUGUAUGUGGGGCUGAUGAAAAUGAGAAAUCGAGAAUAGGCUCUUUCUUCUCUUGUGAUGAGGAAUGUGCGCAGAUCAAGCGUGAAAAGGAACUCAGUAAGAUAUUCAACGUAUCUUCACAAGAAGAUGAUUACUCUUAUCCAGCAUCUGUACUUAAUGUUUUCCGCAGACAGAAUGCGUGGUGUCUGAAAAUGGAGGCCACGAUCAGGAACUUUGUCAGUGAUUAUCAGGAUUCCGUCGCUGCAAACUUGAAACCCAAUAAGAGUUUGCACUUUCCACCAAUGUCGAAACCGCAACGCACCUUCAUCCAUGAGUUGGCUGAAGUUUACAAGUUAUACAGCGAGUCACAAGACAAGGAACCGCUUAGAUCAGUCUUUAUCUGCAUCACCGAAUUGACCUCAUCACCAACUCUCACUAUCAUGGAAGUUAUUCAGAAACAAGACGAUGCUGAACGUAAACGCCAACAGCUUGAAGAACUCAAAUCCGCUCAAAUCGAGCAAUCGCUUUUUAAUGCCAUCAUCAUAAGUGAUGUAUUCUUCGGGGUCAAAAGAGAAGAUCUAGAAGCCAGCAUCUCGGAUAUUUUGAAAUCUUAUCCAGAAGUGACUAGUUGGCAAUUACAAUGGAUCAAAGAAUCCACAUUUGUUUUUCAUCAUCAAGACUAUCAAGCGAUGGAUAAAGAAAAAGAAGAUAGGCUAUACAUUUUACUGAAGACAUUCAAGAAGAUUUUCAGGGACAAGUUAUUAGCAUUUGAUUGCAAAAUGUGUCUUGUAACCGAGGGAGCUGAUUACAUCUUGAAAACAGAUCUGACCAACGUUACUGUCACCCAGCAAAUCGAGCAAGUACCAGCACCUUCACACAACGCUUUUGAAGUUUUACAGCAAAAAGUGGAAAGUUAA